AUGACACCUGAAGAAAUCCAGAGCUACCUUCGAAGUCUCGCUGCCCCUCUGCGUAAUGACAUACCCACGCCUCUACUCCAUCGACCUAGCGAGGCCGGCCUUGAGUACCAGGAUGUCUUCUUUCCAAGCGAAGAUGGCAUUACCCUUGAGGCCUGGUAUAUCCCAAGACCUGGCUCGAACAAGCUUAUUAUCGUUAAUCACCCGCUUCGCUGCAACCGAUCGGGAUUCCCCGCUCACCUCGAGCCCUGGAAGGCCUUCCUCGGCGGCUCCAUGACUGGCAAUGAUUUCGAACUUAACUUCAUUCCCGACUUGAAGAUAUUGCACGAAGCUGGCUACAACGUACUCGCUUAUGACAUGCGUAAUUUCGGUAACAGCGGACAGGCCAACGGUGGCAUUUCCGGUACUGGGCACUUCGAGUCCAGGGAUGUAGUUGGCUCGUUGAACUAUGUCCGCAGCCGAGAGGAUACCAAAGACAUGACUGUUGGCCUCUUCAGUCGUUGUCUUGGCGGUAUAGCGACCUUUUUUGCCAUUCACCGUCGGCCAGAAAUAUUCAAGGAUGUCCGCUGUUUACUCGUACCGGAACCACUCUCGUAUCGACCUUUUGUCGAAAGGGCCCUCGAGAUGACUAGUCUUGACGACCACUUCGACGAGGUAAACAGAUUGGUCAAGAUUCAAUCAAGUUUCGACAUUGACGAGCUCUCUCCUAUACCGAUCAUGGGGAGUGUCCGUAUUCCAACAUUCAUUUACUCUGUACGCAACGAUAUUCUGACAAAGGAGAGCGAUGUACAAACCAUGUAUGACAGAAUCCCUGUUGAGGAUAAGCGAUUGCAUUGGGUUGAUGGAACAGUUCGGAUGAAGGGGUACACGCACUUCCAAGAGAACCCUCAGAUGUUUAUUGAGUGGUUGGCUCAACACAUGACAUGA